AUGUCGGCCAUGGAGACGGACGCCCCCGACGCGCCGCCGCCGGCCGCCCCGGCCCCCGCCGCCGACGCCGGCGCCGGGUCUUCGUCCUCGUCGUCCCGCAAGCCGGGCAAGCGCUUCGAGAUCAAGAAGUGGAACGCCGUCGCGCUCUGGGCGUGGGACAUCGUGGUGGACAACUGCGCCAUCUGCCGUAACCACAUCAUGGAUUUAUGCAUCGAGUGCCAGGCCAACCAGGCCAGCGCCACCAGCGAGGAGUGCACCGUCGCAUGGGGUGUCUGUAAUCAUGCUUUCCACUUCCACUGCAUCAGCAGGUGGCUCAAGACUCGCCAAGUGUGCCCACUAGACAACAGCGAAUGGGAGUUCCAGAAAUACGGCCACUAG